AUGAAUCACUCCGGGGACACCAAGUUCACCGUCUUUAUCCGCCUGCCAUGCCCCCGGGGGGAUUUUGUGGAUCCUCCCCCGAUGGAAUGGAAUGCAGCUAAGGAUCAGGCUCUCUGGGAUAUCCUUUCGCGGCCCUCGAAAGGCGAUGAUCUAGAUUGGAAAGCAUUAGCAGAUCACUUCGAAGUCACACUUCAGUUCCUACUCCAGCAGGCAGCAUGGUUGUACGACCGUCAGCUAUCACAAGUGCGCGCGCAAAUGCGCAAAGUGCCGACCACGCAGUCAACGUCUACAUCGCCCGCUCCCGGCUCGGUAUCCGGCAGUGCUGCCCUCGGUCAAGCUAAAGCUGCCGCAAGCAAUGCUCCGAGAGCUCCAAGUCGCCUGGCGCAACAGAAGGAGUCCCUGCCGCAACGAGCCCCGAUCCCCAGACGCACAAGCUCGACGACAACCAUCAAUCAACUAAAGCCCGCCCGAGAGCCGUUGCGCGACGAACCACCUACUUCCGAGCCAAAAGAGCUAGGCCGCGAGGCUCAUGCUCCACGGCCCUCCGCCAACCGACGAGAUCCUCCGAUUCCAAAGUCUCCAACUCUCGAGGAGGAAGACCUGACGUCCAGCUCGUCCGAGUCCGAGUCCGAGGAGGACGAGCGAGUGGACAGCCGACGGGGACUACGAUUCAGACCAUUCGGCAAAUUCUCAACGUAUAAGCCAGGAUUGCGAGAUGAGGGGGAGGAGGAAGAUGAUUCACCAGCUUUUCUCCCCCUUUCCUCCGGUCCAGCCCAUACCCCCCACCAUCCCUCAGGCUCGGAUCUCAACGCCACGCUGCGGAUGAACGAGGAGGACGUACCUGCAGUCUCCAAUCGACGCCCCGCGGAACAACUCCAUAUAGUCAGAAAGUCUCCUACCGCGGAUUCAUCCACGAGCUCUGUCAGCUCCGGAGUCCCAGCAUCGCAUCCAGCUACCGAUCGCCGGCGGCAUAUGCACCAAAGCGGCGGCCCUCUGAGCCCUCGUCGUGCCGCUGAGCUGACCCCCUUCAGUCCGCGGCGGUCGAUUGCAUCUGCGGGUCGAGAGACCAGCGAUGGGACGCCUAGUAUGGGAAGUAGCUUUAGUGACCUGGAUGAUGCCAGCGUUACGCAGUCGGCGCUCGAAGAGGCUCUGAUGAGCAAUAUGCAGCAUGGAGGAAUGGCAAGCCGCAUGAGCACUUUUAGCCAGGCCUUACGAAGUCGCUAUUUGCCUGGAUCAGGGUUAUGA